AUGGGUAACGUUCGUACUAACAACUUCCAGAACAUUCGGGUGUACUGGCUCGCAUUCGUUGUGUACUGGGGUAUCCUUCUGUUCGGUUAUGACACCGGUAUCGCAGGUGGAGUUGUGUCGGAGAAGUAUUUCAAGGAGCACUUCGGUCUACUCAAUCCAGACGGCUCGACCAAUACACCGAAGUCAAAUGCAGUCUCCUCAAAUGUUGUCUCGGUGCUUCAGGCAGGUGCCUUCUUUGGUGCAUUGGGAAGUGCUCCUUUAUCCGCGGCUAUCGGACGCAGAUGGGCCCUCUUAUUUUUCACGGUCCUCUUCGCAGUUGGUGCUAUUUUGCAAACCGUAGCAGGAGGCUCGCGCGGAAUUGGUUACAUCUACGGGGGAAGAGUCGUCGCCGGUCUCGGUGUUGGCGCCAUUUCGGCCGUUUCACCGGCGUACGUAUCAGAAUGCUCACCCAAGGAUGUCCGGGGUCGGAUUACUGGGCUCUUCCAGAUCAUGGUCGCUAUCGGUGUCAUGCUCUCAUAUUUCAUUAACCUGGGCAUCAGUCUUCACAUUCCAUCGGGCCCACGGAUAUGGCGCAUCCCCUUCGGCUUCCAGCUCGUCCCUGCUGGUAUCAUGGCCUUCGGCCUACUUACAGUGGCGGAGUCUCCGCGUUGGCUCGCAUCGAAAGGCCGCAACGAGCAUGCUCUCCGGAACCUCGCCUAUCUGCGGAGGCUUGACGUGGACGACGAGAGGGUUCGCCUUGAGAUGGCUGAGAUAGAGGCUGCCAUCGUCGAGGAGCGCCAGGCUCGCAAAGGUCUAGGUUUUAAGGAGGCUUUCCUUGGCAAGGGCAACUUCAUCCGCUUCGUUAUUGCGUUUGUUAUUUUCCUGCUGCAGCAAUUCAGCGGCCAGAACUCGGUCGGUUAUUAUGCACCCCAAAUUUUUGCGUCAAUUGGAUACACUGGCACGUCCAAUUCGCUGCUUGCAUCCGGAAUUUACGGUAUCGUCAAGACCGUCGCGACUGCAUUAUUCGUGUUCUUCCUCGCGGACACACUCGGUCGAAAGAUGUCGCUCUUUAUCUCGAGUAUGGGCAUGGGCAUCUUCUUCUUCAUAAUUGGUGCUCUCCUGAAGGUGUAUCCCCCGGCGUCAUCGGCAGCGAGUCCGGCGCCGGCAAGCAAGGCAAUGGCGGCAAUGCUUUACAUCUAUGUUUGCUUCUACUCCCUCGGUUGGGGACCUCUACCCUGGGUGUAUGUCUCUGAUAUCUUCCCAACAAGGACACGACACUAUGGUCUCGCGGUUGCUAGUGCUUCGCAAUGGCUGUUCAAUUUUGUCCUUGCAAAGAUCACCCCAACCCUUGUGACCAACCUCGGCUACAAGAUCUUCCUGAUGUUCGCGACCAUCAACAUUGGUGGCAUGGCCGUGUUCUCACUUGUGAUUCCUGAGACCAAAGGUCGCAGUUUGGAGGAGAUGGACGUUAUAUUCGGCACCGUCACUGCGGACCAGCGCAAGUCCGACAUCAAAAAACAAGAACGAGUCUUUGAACGCGAAGCCAACGAAACAAGCUCAGAACACUCGAUGUCGGAGAAGGUUUGA